AUGCUCCUGUUCGUCAAGAAAUUGAAAGUAAUGGAAAUAGAUUCAACCGUUCAGCCAGGCCCCGACACGAGUAUCAUGAAGUCCAGCGGUUUGAGUCGGCAGAAGCGUUUCAAGAGUGGUGGGUAUCAACAGGGAGUGAAAUUGGAGUCAGAAAAGAAGCACACGACUAGCGAGACUACGCGGAAAACAGAUUUAAAGUAAGUCUUUUGGAUUUGGAAUAAUCCGAAGUAAUUUUAGGUUUUUAUCGUCUCAAAAUCCAGUAUGCGCUUUACAUGCACAUGCCCCGAAGGUACCAAGAAGAACCGAUGUCAGCAUGCAGUCUUCAUCGAAUGCAAGCUCAACUUGGGCAAUAUCCCCCAGAUGCCAUGGCACCAACUUCAGCCAAAGAAGAAAAGAGGCCGUCCACGGAAAGCAAUAACGCAAAGUCAAGCUUCAAGAUCCAGAGUACAACUUCAGUCCCAGUUCGCAGCUUCCUCGCCAAGACGACUUCAAACUGAUGCACCCUCGACAUCCACAGGUUUUGGAUUUUCCGUAUUCUCCAUUGAACCCUCAUGA